UCCCGCUGGGAUUUACGGAGGGUCAUGAAUCAGACCGAUGCUCCCCGGCCACUCAACUGGACCAUCCGGAAGCUGUGCCAUGCCGCCUUCCUUCCCUCCGUCAGACUUCUUAAGGCACAGAAAUCAUGGAUAGAAAGAGCAUUUUACAAGAGAGAAUGUGUUCACAUCAUACCCAGCACCAAAGACCCCCAUAGGUGUUGCUGUGGGCGUCUAAUAGGUCAACAUGUUGGACUGACUCCAAGCAUCUCCAUUAUUCAGAAUGAGAAAAAUGAAAGCAGGCUGGCUCGCAAUGACAUCCAGUCAGAGAAGUGGUCCAUCAGCAAGCACACACAGCUCAGCCCGACGGAUGCUUUUGGAACCAUUGAGUUCCAAGGAGGAGGCCACUCCAAUAAAGCCAUGUAUGUACGUGUGUCUUUUGACACAAAGCCUGACCUUCUUCUGCAUCUGAUGACCAAGGAGUGGCAGCUCGAACUCCCUAAACUUCUCAUCUCUGUGCAUGGGGGCCUUCAGAAUUUUGAACUUCAGCCAAAACUCAAGCAAGUCUUUGGAAAAGGCCUCAUUAAGGCUGCUAUGACAACUGGAGCAUGGAUAUUCACUGGAGGAGUAAACACAGGAGUCAUUAGGCAUGUUGGAGAUGCACUGAAAGAUCAUGCCUCAAAAUCUCGAGGGAAGAUCUGCACCAUUGGUAUAGCUCCCUGGGGGAUUGUGGAAAAUCAAGAGGAUCUGAUUGGCAAAGAUGUGGUCCGACCAUACCAGACAAUGUCUAAUCCCAUGAGUAAGUUGACAGUGCUCAACAGUAUGCAUUCUCAUUUUAUUUUGGCUGACAAUGGGACUACUGGUAAAUACGGAGCAGAGGUGAAACUUCGUAGACAGCUGGAAAAACACAUUUCACUUCAGAAGAUAAAUACAAGAAUUGGUCAAGGGGUUCCAGUGGUGGCCCUCAUUGUGGAAGGAGGUCCCAAUGUUAUCUCCAUUGUUCUGGAGUACCUGCGAGACACUCCUCCUGUUCCUGUUGUGAUAUGCGAUGGCAGCGGCCGGGCAUCUGACAUCCUUGCCUUUGGUCACAAAUACUCUGAAGAAGGAGGACUUAUCAACGAGUCUUUGAGGGACCAGUUGCUAGUUACCAUACAGAAGACUUUCACAUACACCCGAACCCAAGCACAACACCUCUUUAUUAUCCUCAUGGAGUGCAUGAAGAAGAAGGAGUUGAUCACAGUAUUUCGCAUGGGAUCAGAAGGACACCAGGAUAUUGAUUUAGCUAUCCUGACAGCAUUACUAAAAGGAGCUAACGCGUCGGCUCCCGACCAGCUGAGCCUGGCACUAGCCUGGAACAGAGUCGACAUCGCCCGCAGCCAGAUCUUUAUUUAUGGGCAGCAGUGGCCGGUAGGCUCCCUUGAGCAAGCAAUGCUGGAUGCACUGGUGUUGGACAGAGUGGAUUUUGUGAAAUUGCUCAUAGAAAAUGGAGUAAGCAUGCACCGUUUUCUCACCAUCUCCCGGCUAGAAGAAUUGUACAAUACGAGACAUGGACCAUCCAAUACUCUGUAUCAUCUAGUCAGGGAUGUCAAAAAGCGAGAAUAUCCAGGUUUCGGUUGGAUCUAUUUUAAGGGAAACUUACCUCCUGAUUAUCGGAUAAGUCUGAUUGAUAUUGGUUUGGUGAUAGAGUACCUGAUGGGAGGAGCAUAUCGCUGCAAUUACACCCGAAAGAGAUUCAGAACACUGUACCACAAUUUAUUUGGGCCAAAGAGGCCAAAAGCCCUGAAACUGUUGGGAAUGGAGGAUGAUGUCCCUUUGCGGCGAGGGAGGAAAACAACAAAAAAAAGAGAAGAAGAAGUUGAUAUUGAUUUGGAUGACCCUGAGAUCAAUCAUUUUCCCUUCCCUUUCCAUGAGCUGAUGGUGUGGGCUGUGCUGAUGAAGCGUCAGAAGAUGGCCCUCUUCUUUUGGCAGCAUGGGGAAGAGGCUAUGGCUAAAGCACUGGUGGCAUGUAAACUCUGCAAAGCUAUGGCCCAUGAAGCAUCAGAAAAUGACAUGGUGGAUGACAUAUCUCAAGAGCUGAACCAUAAUUCCAGGGACUUUGGCCAGUUGGCAGUGGAGCUGUUGGACCAGUCGUACAAACAGGAUGAGCAACUGGCAAUGAAACUGCUGACCUAUGAGCUGAAGAACUGGAGCAACGCCACAUGCCUGCAGCUCGCAGUGGCAGCCAAGCACAGGGAUUUCAUUGCUCAUACUUGCAGCCAAAUGCUGCUCACUGACAUGUGGAUGGGUCGUCUCCGGAUGCGCAAAAAUUCUGGCCUAAAGGUAAUUCUAGGAAUUCUACUUCCUCCUUCAAUCCUCAGCUUGGAGUUCAAGAACAAAGAUGAUAUGCCUUACAUGUCCCAAGCCAACGAGAUCCAUCUUCAAGAGAAGGAGCCAGAAGAACCAGAGAAGCCUGUAAAAGAAAAAGAGGAGGAAGACAUGGAACUCACCGCAAUGCUGGGACGAGGGAAUGGAGAGUCCUCAAGGAAGAAAGAGGAAGAGGAAGUUCAGAGCAGACACAGGCUCAUCCCAGUUGGAAGAAAGAUCUAUGAGUUCUACAAUGCUCCCAUCGUUAAAUUUUGGUUUUACACACUGGCUUAUAUAGGCUACUUGAUGCUGUUCAAUUAUAUAGUGUUAGUGAAGAUGGAUCGCUGGCCAUCUACACAGGAAUGGAUUGUCAUCUCGUACAUUUUCACUCUGGGAAUAGAGAAGAUGAGAGAGAUAUUGAUGUCAGAGCCCGGGAAACUGUUGCAGAAAGUAAAAGUUUGGCUCCAGGAAUACUGGAAUGUGACUGAUCUGAUAGCUAUCCUCCUGUUCUCUGUUGGGAUGGUGCUCCGUCUGCAAGAUCUGCCACUCCGGAGUGAUGGCCGAGUGAUAUACUGUGUUAACAUCAUUUACUGGUAUAUACGGUUAUUAGACAUCUUCGGAGUAAACAAGUAUUUGGGACCAUAUGUCAUGAUGAUUGGGAAAAUGAUGAUAGACAUGAUGUACUUUGUCAUCAUCAUGUUGGUGGUUCUGAUGAGCUUUGGUGUUGCAAGACAGGCUAUUCUGUUCCCCAAUGAGGAGCCUUCAUGGAAGCUGGCGAAAAACAUUUUUUACAUGCCUUACUGGAUGAUCUAUGGGGAAGUGUUUGCAGACCAGAUAGACCGUAAGCAAGUUUAUGAUUCUCAUACUCCAAAGUCAGCUCCUUGUGGUCAAAAUGAAACCAGAGAAGAUGGCAAAAUAAUCCAGCUACCUCCCUGUAAGACUGGAGCAUGGAUCGUUCCUGCCAUCAUGGCCUGUUACCUCUUGGUUGCAAACAUCCUUUUGGUGAACCUUCUCAUAGCUGUUUUCAACAACACAUUUUUUGAAGUCAAAUCCAUAUCCAACCAAGUCUGGAAGUUUCAAAGAUAUCAGCUAAUCAUGACAUUUCAUGAAAGACCUGUACUCCCACCACCUCUGAUCAUUUUCAGCCAUAUGACUAUGAUAUUCCAGCACCUCUGCUGCAGAUGGCGGAAGCAUGAAAGCGAUCCAGAUGAAAGAGACUACGGAUUAAAACUUUUCAUAACCGAGGAUGAACUGAAGAAGGUCCAUGACUUUGAAGAGCAGUGCAUAGAAGAAUAUUUUAGAGAAAAGGAUGACAGAUUCAACUCCUCCAAUGAUGAAAGAAUCCGUGUCACUUCAGAAAGGGUAGAGAACAUGGCCAUGCGACUGGAAGAAGUAAAUGAGCGAGAGCACUGCAUGAAGGCCUCUCUGCAGACAGUUGACAUCAGGCUUGCUCAGCUGGAAGAUAUGAUGGGACGAAUGGUGACUGCCUUAGAAAAACUGACUGGCAUAGACAGAGGUGAGACAACCAAGAUACGAUCCAGGACGUCCUCCGACUGUACUGAUGCAGCCUACAUUGUAAGGCAGAGUAGCUUCAAUAGUCAGGAAGGAAAUACUUACAAGCUGCAAGAGAGCAUAGAUCCCACGGGAGAGGAGUCCAUGUCCCCAACAUCUCCUACAAUCACACCCCGCAUGCGAAGCCACUCUUUCUAUGCAACAAGUAUGAAGGACAAGUGUGGCUUGGAAAAGUUUGAAAGCAUUUUUAAGGAAAGAUCUCCAAGCCUGCAUCGGGCUACCAGUUCCCACUCAAUAGCAAAAGAAGGAAAGGUUCCUUUAGCCCCUACCAGCACUUUGUCAAUUGCCCCAGACUCCAGGAGGCCUUCGUCUUGUAUAGAUAUCUAUGUUUCUGCCAUGGAUGAGAUGCAUUCUGACACAGAGCCUCUUGACAGCUCCAUAAAUAUUCUUGGUACUGGAGAUGCAGCUCUGCAUGCUCACAUAGCCUCUUCCAUUUUAGCUAACAGUGCGUAUAUUACCAGUACAUCUCGUGAAAAAAUUUCUGGCCACAGUCUUGAUUAUGAGGAGACCUCUGGAAUAGAAACAAGAGCAUUUUCUUCAGACUAUUCACAAAUCACAGACUGCCAGAUCCCCUGGGAUUCAGACCCUCCCUUGUAUCACACUUUAGAGCGAUCUAAAAGCAGUCGUUAUCUGGCUACAACUCCAUUUAUUCUGGAGGAAACUCCAAUUGUGAAAUCUCACAGUUUUAUGUUCUCUCCAUCUCGAAGCUAUUUCAGCAGCCUUGGUGUCCCAGUCAAAACAGCAGAGUACACAAGUAUUACAGACUGCAUAGAUACAAGGUGUGUGAGUGCUCCCCAGGCAAUCGCAGAGAGGGCCAGUUUCCCUGGAAGUCUUGGCGGCAAAGUAGAGGACUUGGGAUGCUGCCACCCAGAGAGAGAAGCUGAACUAAGCCACCCGAGCUCUGACCAUGAGGAUACUGAGGCCAAAGACAAGAAGGGAAUCCCCUUACCUCCUCCUCCUCAAGACAGCAAUGCUGCAAGAACUCUGGCCAAUAGUAUCCCACUUCCAAAAAUAGAGCGGGCCAACAGCUACUCUGCAGAGGAGUCGAACACAUGCGCACAGCACGCGCGGAAGAGUUACUCUAUCAGUGACAAACUCGACAGGCAGCGAAAUGCAACGGGCCUGCGAAACCCCUUCCAAAGGAGCAAGUCAUCAAGGCCAGAGAGCAGAGGGGAUAACCUGUCCAUGAGGAGACUGUCAAGAACAGGAGCUUUUCGCAGCUUUGAAAGCAAGCACAGCUAA